AAAAGACAAAAUAAAAAGCCUAACCUCACAAAAUUGUGUUGAAAUCGGUUGAUUGCAGGGGAAUUGUUGUUAUUUAGAUAUUUAUUGGUCAAAUGUGAGAGUUGAUCAAAACUUGAAUUGAACCAUUAGAAAUGCGUGGCUUAUCGGCUCUGGUGAAGCCGAUCAAUGCUUGCCAGAAAUGGAUCGUGCCUGCGGGUAUCACACAUUUCAGCACAAAAGCACAACCAAAGCAAUGGCCACGGAAAAUAAUCUCGGGCAUUCAGCCGACCGGAGUGUUGCAUAUUGGUAAUUAUUUUGGUGCGGUUCAACGAUGGGUACAAAUGCAAGAGAGCGGCGAAAAUGUAAUAAUCUUCCUAGCUGACUUACAUUCCAUGACCAUGCCCUAUGAACCAGCCCAAUUACGUGAGAAUAUUUAUGAAUUAACUGCAACACUGUUGGCUUGUGGCAUUGACACAAAGAAAACACCAAUUUUCCUCCAAUCCACCAUACCACAACAUGCUGAACUCUGCUGGAUACUGAGUUGUCUGUGCACAAUGUUGCGAUUGUCACACUUGCCACAGUUUAAAGAGAAGUCAGCUGAAGUGAAGGACAUUUAUACUGGCCUGUUUAUGUAUCCAGUUUUGCAAGCGGCCGAUAUUUUGAUGCACAAAGCUACUCAUGUUCCAUGUGGAGAAGAUCAACUGCAGCAGCUCCAAUUGGCUGCCCACUUGGCCAAAGUAUUCAAUACAAAAUUCGGUGAAACAUUCCCAAUAAUCGAACCGAUGAUUGGACAAGAUGCAAGUGGCCGAAUUCGAUCACUUCGUGAUCCAUCGAAAAAACAAUCGAAAUCCGAUCCAAGUGACCAGAGUCGGAUAAUAAUGCGUGAUUCACCCGCUGCAAUUCGCAAGAAAAUCAAACGAGCGAUCACCGACUUUACCUCCGAAGUGACGUACGAUCCGGAAAAUCGGCCGGGUGUCUCAAACUUAGUUGGCAUUCAUGCUCUAGUCAAAAAUGUGAGUCCGCAGGAAAUUUGCGAUCAGUCCAAAGAACUCGACACGGGGAAGUACAAAUUGGUGCUUGCAGAAGACUUGGUUAGCCUCUUGGAUCCGAUUCGAUUGAAAAUCGAGGAUUACCUAAAGAACCGUGAUUAUUUGGAUUCAGUGCUGAAGGAAGGUCGCGAUGUUGCUGCACAAACGGCCGAAGCAACGAUGAAAGAAGUAAAAAGUCGAAUUGGUGUGAAUAUUUUGCAAAAUUGUAGAUAAGAAAUUGAAAAUUGAAAAUUGUUUUAAAGAAAUAAAAAAAACUCGUUACUGUUGAUUGAAAGAAAGACGAAAAA